AUGAUCAUGUUAAAUUCAUCUUCCUCAUUCGUAAAUGCUCAAGAUCCAAAAUCAAAUGUUACCCAAUUGAUUCAAUAUUGGGGUUAUCCAGUUGAACAACAUUAUGUAACCACAACAGAUGGUUUUAUUCUCUCCGUUCAGAGAAUUCCAUAUGGACGUUCAAGUUUAAGUAGACAAAUUCCAAAAGAUAAAAAGAAGGUAGUUUUCCUUCAACAUGGUUUUUUGGAUUGUUCUGCUACUUGGGUUAAUAAUUUACCAUAUCAAUCAUUGGGAUAUAUUUUAGCUGAUGCAGGAUUUGAUGUUUGGUUGGGUAAUGCUAGAGGAAAUGAAUAUUCCAAUAGAAAUAUUUACCACUCUAAACAUGAUAAACAAUUCUGGAAUUUUUCAUGGGAUGAAAUUUCAAUUCUAAAUGAAGAAAUGGCAAUUUAUGAUCUUACUGCAAUGGUUGAUUAUGCACUUAAAGUCAGUGGCCAACCAAAAUUAGCCUAUGUUGGUCACUCUCAAGGUACAACUAUGGGAUUUGAAUGUUUUUCUAGUAAUGCUGAUUCAAAUACUAAAUAUCCAGCAUGUCCAAAGGAUUUCACAAACAAAAUUUCCAUUUUUAUUGCUAUUGCUCCAGUAACUUAUUUGGAACAUGUUAAUAGUCCAAUGAUGGAAGCUCUUGCAAAACUUCAUGUUGAUGAAAUUUUAGAAUUCCUUGGUGUUGGUGAUUUUUUACCAACCACUCAACAAUUAGAAAAGUGGAUUCCUGGAAUUUGUUCAAAUUCAAUUCUUCAAAAAGCUGUCUGCAUGAACGUUUACUGUAUAAUGAGUGGUUGUGAUGGUUUGGAAAAUAAGGCAAACUCCUCUCGUUUACCUUUAUAUAUGGAUCGUUUACCUGCAGGAACCUCAACAAUGAAUGCUGGACAUUGGGCCCAAUUAGUUAGAUCUAAGAAAUUCCAAAUGUUUGAUUAUCAUUUUGGUAAUUAUGAUCAUUAUCAUCAAGUAUCUGCUCCACAAAUUGAAUUGUCAAAUUUACAUGUUGAUAUUGCAAUUUAUCAUGGAGGUUUGGAUAUUUUGGCAGAUUACAAUGAUGUUAAGAAAUUAUUGAGCAAACUUCCAAAAGAACGUCUCAAGAAUGUAAUGUUCUUUAGUGAUUUUGGUCAUAUCGAUCUCGUUUGGGGUAUUAACAAUUAUCAACUUUUCUUCAAUGAUAUUGUUAAAAGAGUUUCUGAUUCUUUCAAUUAA